CCUCAGUGGCCGCCGGCUGGUUGCCGGGAUUGUCCGUCGGCCAAGAGGUACCGCAGCUCCCACUAUAUCUGAUAAUUUUCUGAAGCCUCCUGAGCUCUUUACCAGAGGUGAAUUUAUCCCGCGUGCGACCACUCCGCGAACCACACAACCCAAGAACGAUAGCCGCGCUCCCGAGGCCCAUUCGAUGUCCUCAUGUUGCGGACAUCGUUGCGAUCCGUCAGGGCUGUGAGCAGCAGGCCCGUUGCUGCUGCUCGCCGUCAGUGGCAAGAGCCCGCCAUCGCAAGAUCGGCCGCCGUGGCUGGGAGGAGAUACUAUGCCGAUAUCAAGAAGGCUCCCUCCCCGAGACCAAACCCUCCAUCGCCGCCUACCCCCGCGAAGACCCCGGCCAAGCCGCUACCCGCGCCCGUGAAAAAGAAGGGAUUCUUCCGUCGACUGUACAAUUCUGUUGUGACCCUUGUGCUCCUGGGCGCCAUCACCUUCGGCGGUGGCGUAUGGUAUUCACGCGUUAACGACAAUUUCCACGAUUUCUUUACCGAGUAUGUGCCGUUCGGGGAGCAGGCCGUGCUCUAUCUCGAAGAGCUCGACUAUAAAAAGCGCUAUCCCGGCGGCGUAACCGCUGGUGGCCGAGACAAGGAUACGGGCUCCAGGGUGAAAAUAUCCCCCCAGAGCGGCGCGUCCUGGCGAGUAGCAGACAGCGGCACACCCGCCGGCAGGCAAUCGAGUGCGACACGCGAUGUGGUUGCCAGCAAGAGCGCCGCCGCCGCCCCCGGACCCGACAAGAAAGACGCCCCCCCCGCCGAGGUUCAAUCCGACGAAAACAAGCCCAUAACCAAGCCCGCCGAGCCACCGAAAGCCGCUGUUUCCCCUGCUGCCGCCGCACCAACCACUGUUCAUGCGCCCGCCCCGCCAAACGCGGCGGAGAAACCUCAGGGGACGCAAAAACAGAAGUUCAUUCCUCCUGAAGUUAAUGAGCCGUCAAGGUUCCCGCCUGCUUCUCCCAUCGAUCCCCUCAAGGUAAAGGAUGCCGACGAGCCGCUUGUGCAGGACCUGGUGAAGAUGCUCAACGAUAUUAUCACCGUCGUAAAUGCUGACAACGACGACGGCCGCUUCUCAUCGACUAUCUACAAGGCGAAGAAUGAGCUUAAUAAGGUAGGCUCUAAGAUCCGCGAUCUGAAAGCCAAGGUUGAGAAGGAUGCCGCUGCGCAGGUUGCAACCAAGGUCAAAGAAUUUGAGGCCGCCGGCAAUGAGCUGGUCAAUCUUACCCAGUCGGCAAUACGCGCACAGGAAGCCGAAUGGAGGAGAGAAUACGAGGAAGAGAUGAAGCACAUCCAGGCGGCCUACGAGGCGAGAAUCCGGACGGAGCUCGAGAGGGAGAAGCGGAUCAACGAGGAGAAGCUUGGCAAUCUGCUUCUCGAACAAGCCGUCGAGCUAAAGCGGGAGUUCUUGCGAGAUCUGCGAGAAAGCGUCGAGCAGGAGCGCAACGGCAGGCUCGGCAAGUUGGAGCAGCUAAGCUCGGCGGUCAAGGAGCUGGAGCAGUUGACGACAGGGUGGAACGAUGUGGUGGACAUGAACCUCCGGACGCAGCAGCUGCACGUCGCGGUGGAGGCGGUACGGGCGAGCCUCAGCGACGCGGAGCACCCGCGGCCGUUCGUGCGUGAGCUGGUGGCGCUAAAGGAGAUCGCGACGGACGACGCGGUAGUCGGGGCGGCGAUAGGGUCGAUCAACCCCUCGGCGUACCAGCGGGGGAUCGCGACGCCGGCGCAGCUGAUCGACCGAUUUCGACGGGUGGCGGCGGAGGUGCGCAAGGCAUCGCUGCUCCCCGACGGCGCGGGCGUAGCGAGUCACGCGUCGAGCUGGGCGCUCAGCAAGGUGCUGUUCCGCAAACACGGGCUCGCGGUCGGCAACGACGUCGAGAGCGUGCUCACGCGCGCGCAGACGCUUCUAGAAGAGGGCGAUCUCGACGGUGCGGCACGCGAGGUCAACGGACUGCGCGGCUGGGCCGGCACGCUGAGCCGCGACUGGCUCGCCGAGGUGCGGAAAGUGCUCGAGGUGCAGCAGGCGCUUGAUGUUAUCGCUACCGAGGCUAGGUUACAGAGUUUACGAGUGGAAUAAUUUCGUCGCGUCCGUCGUUACCGUUUAGAUAGCGGGAGGGAGAAAGGUAGAAAAGGGUGUCAUGUUAGAGAAGCAAGACAAG